GGUGAUUUCCCAAGGGGCUGGGCGCUAGUAUUGCGAUUUAUAAAGUAAAAAUGUCUCUCUCAAGAAGUCAGUUCCCAUCCUUCAAGAUGGCAGAGUUUUCCGAUUCCAUGAAGAAAUUCGGCUCCACGACGGCUACUUUCUUUAGCCGUGCUAAGCAGUAUACGGAAGAGCAAUUGGGCAAAGCAGAAGCCACAGAGUUUGAUGCGAGGUUUGAGUCCUUGCUAGAAAGGGCAGAUCGCACCAAGCAAUGGACAGAGAGAUUGCUUAAGCAAACAGAGGCUCUACUUCAGCCAAAUCCUGGCAUUAGGGCUGAAGAAUACUUCUAUUCCAAGCUUGGAGAAAAAAAGCCUGAGCGCCUCACUCACCUUGAAACACUCGGCAAGAUCAUGGAAGAUGCUGGUAACGAGCUUGGGCCUGGCACUAGUUAUGGUAGCACCCUUGUAAAGUGUGGUGCAACAGAGAAGAAGCUUGCAUCUGCGGAGAGAGACUUCAUGACAAAGUCUGUAUCGCACUAUCUCCACCCCUUGAAGUCCUUCCUGGAGGGUGACAUGAAGACCAUAUCUACAGAGAGAAGGACCCUGUUAGCAAAGCGAUUGGAUCUGGAUUCAUGCAAAGCCAAAGUGAGAAAGGCACAGACCCCAGAGAGGAUCCAGCAGGCUGAGAGUGAGCUGCGGGUCGCCCAAGCAGAGUUUGACAGACAGUACGAGGUCACGAAACUGCUACUGGAUGGUAUUGCCACAUCACAUGCCAACCACCACCGGGCCCUACAGAGCUUUAUUGAGGCCCAGGCCCAGUACUACGCACAGUGCUUCCAAUACAUGCAGGACCUACAACGCCAGCUAGGCACCCCUCCCCCCACGGACUCUGUACCCCUAGUACCACCAACUGCACCCUCGGCUGCUGAUGUCAGGGGUGUGUUGGACGUCAAUGCUUACCCUAGACCGUCAGUGACAAAAAAGGCCAAGGUCCUGUAUGACUAUGAUGCUACAGACUCCAGCGAACUGUCACUUCUCUCUGAUGAGGUAAUAACAGUGUACAACGUGCCCGGAAUGGACAAUGACUGGAUGGUUGGCGAACGUGGGAGCCAACGAGGAAAAGUCCCUGUCACCUACCUAGAGCUUCUGUCGUAAUCUCCCAUCACAUCUAUACCACAUUCAAUACAAUUUUCAAGAAUCAGUGAUACUAAAAAAAAAGAGCUAUUCUUGUGGGCUUUCUGUGUGAUAUUACCACAGGUAGCCUAUAAAGGCAACUAGGCUUCUUGAUAGCGAAAAGAAUGUAAAGGGGAGCUUUGCUAGAGAUGAUACCAGUAGAUUCGACCCCCUCUAGGGUUUCCACAGUAGUGAUGUUUGUGUAUACCCCAGGUAGCCCAUAAAUGUAUCCUCAUAGUUUGUUGACAGUGGAGGUGAUUUCACAAUUUGACCCCUGUAAGGUACCCAUGGAGCAUGGAUUAUAGAAAUGUUUUUUCCAUUGAGGAAGUGGUUGUAAGUUAAAAGAGUAAAAUGACUACUAACAUUGCUUCAAGAUUUAAUGAUUUUAAAUAACUACAAAUAUUAUGUUUUAUAGAGUAAGAUUUGACAAGAACAAAAGGGAUCACAGCAACAUGCUUAUGCUAUCUGCCAUGAGAGCACCUUUUCCUAUUUCCAUAGCUACAAAGAAAAUAUGUAGGGUGACUUAUGAAUAACAUCUUGAAGCCUCCUAACCUCUGAAAAAAUUCUGGAUAUGUGUUUACGGUUUUAUGUUAUACGUCUUCUUUAUUAUUGAUAUUAAAAUCUUUAAAAAACAUCUUAAAAA